AUGUCGUCCCCGCCUCCGUUUUCGCCUACGAGUCAGCCACCCACCAAUCAUAUGUUUAAUGAAAUGCAGUAUUCCACGAUAAAUGGCGGAGAGUUCUACAACGUCGGCCAUGACCUUGUUCGAAAUUUUCAUGCUACGGCCGCCAACCCACAUAAGACUCUAUGGGAUGCAAUUGCUGGCGUUAGAGCUUCCUACAAUUCCAGUCUGCAAUUUGAUCGCGGCAAUUGUCUCCCUGGCACCCGAGAAGCAGUUCUACGAGAUAUCCAUGAAUGGAGUGCCUCUGAAAGUGAUUCCUCCAAACCCGUAUGCUGGCUUUCAGGAACUGCCGGUGUAGGAAAGUCGGCCAUUGCGCUGACAGUUGCUAAAUCAUGCGCCGAAAACAAUCGACUCGCAGCCUCUUUCUUCUUCUUCAGGUCCGACCCCAAGCGCAACAAUCCUUCCUCCCUCAUGCUGACAAUUGCGCACGGUCUCGUUACCACAAUACCAUCGCUGCGCCCUAUCAUUGAACAAAAGAUUGCCACUGAUCCCAGGAUCUUGGAAGCCAAUUUGGAAGAUCAAUUCAGAGAACUUGUUGUCUUACCGUUAUUGAAUGUCUCCCUGCCAUCCAAUGUCUCCUCAUCGUUGAUUGUCAACCCGCCCUUGACCGGCCCGCCGUCAUCCAACGUCUCACCACCAUUGACUGUCUCCCCUCCAUCGAAUGUCUCCUCAUCAUUGAUUGUCCGUCCGUCAUUAAACAGCUCACAGCCAUCAAAAAGGAGAUCCUGGAUACCGAGAUGGGGACAAAGAUGGCGGAGACACGUGCCAGAACAGCCAUUGCCUCAGCCCCAGUCAGUGCAACAAGGAGAAUCGUUGCCGCCGGCUCAGAAAGAUCCCAAUCUCGUCAUUAUUGACGGCCUGGACGAGUGCAACGACAGUGACACCCAGUUGCGACUCAUCUCCAUACUAGCAUCUGCCUACCAACAUUCCCCUCAUUUCCCGCUGCGACUUCUGAUCUGCAGCCGUCCUGAAUCGUGGAUUCGAGAGGCCUUUGAUCUUCCAAACCAUUGUAUCCUCACCAAACACAUAAAGUUGGAUGAUUCUUAUUUGCCGAACAAAGACAUUGAACAGUACUUUCGCAGCGAGUUCACCAGCAUUCGUACAAACACCAAAUACUCCCAGGUCAAGUUUCCAAACCCAUGGCCUUCCGAAGCUGACAUAGAGCGUUUGGUUCACAAUGCUUCAGCCCAAUUCAUUUAUGCGGUGACUGCAAUGAAAGUUGUGAAAGCGGAAUGUUUAUCCCCUAUCAAACAACUUUGCAUAAUCCUCAAUCAUCGAUCUAAUCGAAUCUCUCCAAAAUCUCCAUUCCCCGAGCUCGACAACCUCUAUCAUAUAAUACUUUCCACCCAUCCUGAACGAGACACACUUCUCUCUAUCCUCAGUGCAAUUCUUCUACUGCCAGAGGCUGCCAAAAACCCGGAGUUUAUUGAGCUAUUGCUUGGAUUCUCCCCUGGAGAAGUUGACCUGUCAUUGCGAGGAAUGCACUCAGUACUUGACAUUCGUGGCGCGCAGGACGAUAUUCGGGUUUACCACACUUCAUUCACCGAUUACCUCUGCACCAAGUCUCGAUCUGCCGAGUUCUACAUUGAUGAGCCUCGGCAAUGUGACUUCCUUGCUUGUCGAUGGCUCAUGGCUCUUGGUGAACACUGCCAGCCCCAGGCAAAGAGCUCCAUUACCUGA